GAAUAUUUUUAUUCUUGUCAAUUUUCGUAAAAAGACACAAACAUCGACUGCCAAAAUUUACCCCUGCUUUUAGGACUUUAUUAGAUCAUCUGAAAACAUUGCUAUGUACAAUAUGCAACCAGUAUCUUCAAUAUUCGUUCGGUGAACUUGAAAUGCGAAAAAGUGCAAGUUCUGAAAACGUAAAUGCUACAGAUAUCACAGUAUCAAAUGCAAGAAAUAACUACAAACGAAUCUCUCCGGAUACCAGUAUCAUUCUCCCUAAGAGAAGAUACGGGCAUCUAGGGCGGAUCUUCGAGCACUACUGCAUAACCAUUAAGCCUAAACUGUACAGAAGCAACUCUCUGACCAACCUCACCACAAUAUCAAGCGAUUUCAAUUUAGAUUUUUUCAAGCGUACCCAGAAAUUCGUAUCCAAAAGAUAUAUGAAAGAAUCUAUAUGCGGUAGUUUUGGUGAUACGGAAUACUGUGGCAACAUUUCAAAUUUUACAUACAUGUCGAGCAAAUUCAAAGGAAAAAACAAGAAGAAAGAAGAGAUGUCGCCUGAAACAUACGGAUCGAAAUUCGCUUCCGAAUACAUCAACAAUCAAUCUGAGCGUGAUACAACAACCGAAGCAAAUUUUUCAUCUGGUGUUGACAACUCUAGUUCACAGGGUAGUCUCGAUAGAAUCAGUACGCAAAAGGCUGCUUUCCCAUUCAAAUCAACACCAAGUGGAAACUUCAAAGUCCAGUCAAAUCAGGUUGUAUUUCAAUCUUCAACGGUGGGAGUGUUGUUAGCAGAUCCAACACAAGCAAAAGUUAAAGUGAAAUUUGAAGGUCAACCAGCAGGCGAACCUGAUGAUGCGUUGCAAACUGAAACUGAGAACGACACCGAUGAACCUCAAUUACAAUAUGAUAGUAGAGAUAUACCUAACUAUCAGGCCAAAAUAUUCGACAGAAACCCAAAAACGAAAUUACCAGAUAGAGAAUCCAAAGACAACAAGAUGGUUAUGAGCAAAGACUUAAAUAGCCUUGGAUACGCCAAUGCUGAACCUGUUGACUGGACCAGGGUACAGUUACCGAAGAAACAAGACUUGUUUCAGGAGUUCUAUCGUAGGAUACACACUCAUGUAAAUACUGACACCAUUGUUCAUAUCGGCGAGGACGGAUUCCACUGUCACAGAAUCGUCCUUCAAAUAUACUCCACUUUCUUCCAGAGGAACUCUCAUAGGGAAAUAGAGUUACCUACUAGUCAGGUAACCUCUGAAGCCUUCCAAACCAUCUAUGAAUGGAUGAUUUUCAGUGGCCCCGAUAGCAAUAAGGUGUUGAGGAGAGACAACGUUCUCGAUGUCUUCAGUGCUGCUCAGUUCCUCUCUAUUAAAGAUUUGGAAGACCAGUGUUGGGCUUUUAUAGUAAGCGAAGAUUUAUUUAUAGAAGAUACUGCUUUCACACUGUACAGGGAAGCAAGGAUAAAAGGCAUGACUCCAGUUACUGAGUUGAUGAUACCACGAGUGAUGAGGUUUUUCCUGCCCCUGGUGUCGUCGAAAGAUUUCGUUGAGUUGGAACUCCAAGAAAUUUUGCCUUUUUUCAAAUCAAAUUACAUUUGCGUUACAAGUGAAAUAGAAGUGCUAAUGGCGGGAGUACGCUGGCUGAACGCUGAUUGGCCGGAAAGACAGCAGUACACGGUGGAGGUGAUGAGAUGUGUCCGGUUCGGUCUGAUCUCGCCCUGGCAGCUGGUGGACAUAAAGAGGAACCCCGACAACGAGGAGAUCCUGGAGAUCGUCAACGAGCCCGAAGUGCAGCAGAUGGUGGAUGAUGGACUCGCCUACGUCAUCAUUAAAUACUGGUACGGUAACAACUCCAAGAAUUAUUACCACUGGAUUGACGUUCUUGGUCUCACUGAACCUGCAGAAAGGAAUUGGAUAGGAGAAGAAAAGAACCAUGUCACGUACAAAGACUUCCUCAAGUACUUGGAGCAGUUCAUGAUCCCGAAGGACCAGCUCUACCAGCAAAUGACGCUGAUGCAGCCGCCUCGGAGGAGCGACGACGUACCAGGCAGUAUCCGCGGUUUGGACAUCGAUAAGUUGGAAAUGCGCAGGCGCACCUUUGAAUUUCCACUUUCGACGCUAAAAUCGUUGGGAGCUGAUAAAGACAAAUUUCCAACGAUGAGCGACUUCUUUGAAAACCGCAGAAAGGAAGGAGUGGUGUCUCCCCGAUCUCCUUCGCAAGAAGUGGAGCUGCCCCCGGUGCCUCAUAUAGAGCGAAGACCAAGUCCCGAUCGAGAAAGACAACUGAGACAAAUCGAAGAUCAGCGCAAACUUCAGGAGUUACAAAGACAGCAAAUACAGCAACGGAAGCAGAUUCACCAGAUUCAUAUGUGCACUACUAUUCAGAGAGAUAAUGUCGAUCGAUCGCCUACAAGAAGACCGGAACAAAUAUUGGAUUUCCCUGAAAAAGACUCCACGGAUACGACGCGCACGAGCCCGAGUGAAACCAGCGGGGACAGCGUCGACACCAGCCUUACAGACAAGAAUCGUUAUGCUUUCAACUCUGGCGAGAGGAGGCACAGCGUCGCAGCAUCAUACCUCGCUACUGCAACGGCAGCUUUAGCUGGACCUAAAAAAAUGGGUCACAUGACUCCAACCUCAUCGCCCCCGCCCCUGCGACCGCCGACUGGAAGCAAUGUUCGUCCAGACCACGUGACCAGGUCGCCGCCCCCGGUGUCUCAGAACAACAACCGAAGCCCACAGAUAUCACUCUUCAACCAGUCCAAAGAGUCGCUGGCCAGGCAAAACUUGAAUAAGUUGUCCAUGUCGGUCCUGGGCCCCAACAACAAGAACUACAUGAACGAUGGCUCUCUCUUCAAUUGGGACCGGGAAACGGUUCUGGUCUUCGGCGGGAUCGACCCCCACACUACUUACGGAUCGGGGAGAAAUACUGGCAAAAAUAUUUAUAGAUUCGACCCCGUUACCAACGUGUGGGACUACGUGGGGGAUCUGCCGGAACCCAGACACCACCACUCAGUGGCCUUCCUCAGGGGACGAGUGUAUCUCGUUGGAGGUGCAGACCCCCGGGACGAUGACAUCAGAGGCAAGUCGGUCGUGGUGUCGACAGUGUGGAGUUUCGAGCCGGUUUCCAAGUCCUGGUACAGCGAGUCCGGCCUCUCUAUACCACGGAAGAACUUUGGUCUUGUUGUUCAUCGCAUGUCUCUUUAUGCUAUUGGUGGGCAGGACAAGAAAGGGAGGGUGCUCCGAUCGGUAGAAAGGUUUGAUCCAAAAACCGGUUUUUGGACGGAGGUACGAUCGAUGAGCGUGGCCAGGAUGGCGGUGGCUGCGGUCAAGUACCGGGACUAUAUCUGGGUGGCUGGUGGCAUGACCGGCGAGAAGAAGAAGCCUGUCUGCAAGAUCGUCGAGUGCUACAACUCCAAGACUAACGAAUGGACAGAGAUACACAGCCUUCGCUUCCCCAGGUGUCUAACCACGUUGUUCGUAAUGAACGAUAAGUUGUACAUUAUUGGUGGAGCUGGGAAGAAAUCGGAAAAGGAUAAAACCGCGAGCAGUGUGAGUGCUAUAGACACUUGGGACUGGAAGACUCGCGAGUGGAAGGCUGAGACCGAGAUGUCCAUGCCUCGCCAUGGCCACGCUCUCGCCUACUUGGGCACGCAGCUCAUCAUCAUUGGUGGUAUGACAACAGUCUACAUGCGAGCAUUGAACCACGUAGAGUCUUACUGCUGCGAGCGUGGUGCAUGGAUCCGAGGGGUGGCAACCCUGCCCUCGCCUCUGUCCGGCCACGGGGCAGUCACGCUGCCUCCUGCCUCUCUAAUGUAACAUAGGGCUGGUAACUUCAGGUGAUCACAAAACUUACAUGCAUUUUAUUCAAAAUUAAAAGGUGUCUGCGCUUUCAUAACUUUAUUCAAUGUUGAAUAGAGGAGCCUUGUAAAUAUAAAUAGCUUACUAGCAGAGAGUGUUCCUGCCCUAUAGCGACAAAUGCCCCGUUUGACAAAGAAUAAUUUCCAAAUUAUAUAAUAUUCUGAACGAAAUGCAUGUAAAACAUACAGUUCAUACAGGUCCCAUCAAACCAAAAUAGCACUUUAUUGACCAGAUAUGGGCAAAAUGGACUACUUAAAAAAAUGCCAGGGUAAGCUGGCAUGAUCUGUAUAUUUUGCGCAUUUCUAACAAAUAUACAAAAUUGCAGCUGAUCAUUAUCCACAUAAUCUAUAAUCUAAAUGCAAAUAUGAGACCAGAAUAUGCAAUAUAUCCAUUAUGAAAAAAAAAUGCAAUAACAUGUUAUUUUAAUAUCUGUUAUAUUAUUUUUAAAAUAAAAUAUUGCAAAUAGAGCAAUUAUUCCACUAAGCAUAAUAAUUUAAAAUACGUGAUUUUUAAAUGUUAAUUAAGUAGACACUAAGUAUGUCUUAAUCAUAGUUAUUAUUCUAGAUUUUUGAAGAUAACAUCAACCAAAUUAUUGUAUUUACUUAUGAGAAAUUAUAUUAGAGUGUCUUUUAAUAUUAAUAAUUAUGAUAAAAGUAAAAUCGUGUGUCUGUCGUUGUGAAACGUCUGUUUGUGAUGUCUAUUUCGGAAGAACUAAAUCUGAACGUUUGUUGAUGGUGUAGGUCAUAAUAAUUUAUUUAGAUUAAAUGUAUCGUGUAUGUUCUACUUAAAUAAAACUUUGCAACUCA